UGUGGGUGAGAGUACUGAGCGACCGAAAGAGCAGAAGAGCAGCCCGAGUUUGACCAGAGCGGGUGGCAAAAAGGAGGGAAGAGAGGCUGGAAGGAGCGAUUUGGACUAGGGCUGGCGGGGGCGAGGAUCCCAAACGGGCCGAAGAGGGGCGCGAAAUUGGCUUCGGGAUGAUGGAGGACGGAUUCUCCAGCUACAGCAGCCUCUAUGACACUUCUUCGCUUCUGCAGUUCUGCAAUGAUGACAGUGCUUCUGCUGCCAGUAGCAUGGAGGUGACAGACCGCAUAGCUUCACUUGAACAACGUGUUCAGAUGCAAGAAGACGACAUUCAGUUGCUCAAGUCCGCUCUGGCAGAUGUCGUUAGGCGUUUAAAUAUUACUGAGGAGCAACAGGCCAUGCAGAACAGGAAAGGACCUACCAAAGCAAGACCACUAGUUCAAACACUGCCUUUAAAGAUUACUGUCAAUAAUGGAACUGUCUUACCAAAGAAAUCUAGUGGUUCUCUACCUUCUCCAUCAGGAACCAGGAAAGAAAUUGUAUCACCAGCAGCAAAAAGCACUAUUAAAAGAACCAACUCAGCUGAAGGUGUUUCAACUGGUGGUCGGAGGGAAAGUUAUGGAGAUUCCAAAGGCAAUCGUAAUCGAGCUGGAUCCACAAGCAGUUCAUCUAGUGGUAAAAAGAACAGUGAUUGCAAACCCAAGGAACCAAUGUUCAGUGCAGGGAAGCGCCAUGUGACACGUUGUAAAGAGGAAGGAUAUGUUAAAAUGUUUCUGCGUGGACGUCCUGUUACCAUGUACAUGCCAAAAGAUCAGGUGGAGUCUUACAGCUUGGAAGCAAAGGCAGAACUACCAUCCAAAAAGCUUAAACUGGAAUGGGUCUAUGGUUAUAGAGGUCGGGAUUGUCGUAAUAAUCUGUACCUCUUACCAACCGGAGAAACUGUUUACUUCAUUGCAUCUGUGGUUGUAUUGUAUAAUGUUGAAGAACAACUGCAGAGACAUUACAUUGGUCACAAUGAUGAUGUGAAGUGCCUAGCAGUACAUCCUGACAGGAUUACCAUAGCAACUGGUCAGGUUGCAGGGACAUCUAAGGAUGGAAAACAAUUACUGCCUCAUAUCCGCAUUUGGGAUUCUGUUACUUUGAAUACACUACAUGUAAUUGGCAUGGGAUUCUUUGAUCGAGCUGUUACAUGCAUUGCAUUUUCUAAAUCAAAUGGAGGCAGUAACUUGUGCUCAGUGGAUGACUCCAAUGACCAUGUGCUUUCAGUAUGGGACUGGCAGAGGGAAGAAAAAGUUGCAGAGGUCAAGUGCUCUAAUGAAGCAGUAUUUGCCGCUGAUUUUCACCCUACAGACACUAACAUCAUAGUUACAUGUGGAAAAUCUCAUCUUUAUUUUUGGACAAUUGAAGGGAAUUCUCUUAUCAAAAAGCAGGGAUUAUUUGAGAAACAAGAAAAGCCAAAGUUUGUCUUGUGUGUGACAUUUUCUGAAAAUGGUGAUACAAUCACAGGAGAUUCAAGUGGAAAUAUCUUAGUAUGGGGAAAGGGUACCAACAGAAUAAGCACUGCAAUUCAAGGAGCUCAUGAAGGGGGUAUAUUUGCCCUUUGUAUGUUACGAGAUGGCACUCUUGUGUCUGGAGGUGGAAAGGACAGAAAGUUGAUAUCUUGGAAUGGAAAUUAUCAGAAAAUUCAUAAAACUGAGAUUCUGGAGCAGUAUGGUCCUAUAAGAACAAUAGCAGAAGGGAAGGGGGACAUUGUUUUGAUAGGAACCACUCGAAACUUUGUGCUCCAAGGUUCUUUGUCAGGAGGCUUUUCUCCCAUUACCCAGGGCCAUACUGAUGAGCUUUGGGGACUAGCAGUCCAUCCCACCAAACCUCAGUUUUUUACAUGCGGGCAAGACAAACACAUUAUGCUUUGGGAUGCAAUCAGUCAUCAUCCAAUCUGGAACAAAACUAUAGAGGAUGCAGCACAGUCUUCUGGUUUUCAUCCUUCAGGGUCUGUAGUUGCAGUAGGAACGCUCACUGGAAGGUGGUUUGUGUUUGAUACUGAAACAAAGGAUUUGGUCACUGUACAUACAGAUGGAAAUGAACAGCUGUCCACAAUGCGUUACUCACCAGAUGGCAACUUCUUGGCAAUAGGCUCUCAUGACAAUUGCAUUUAUAUAUACAGUGUUAGUGACAAUGGAAGAAAAUACAGUAGAAUUGGCAAAUGUUCAGGUCAUUCCAGUUUCAUUACUCACUUGGAUUGGUCUGCUAACUCUCAGUAUCUUGUGUCUAAUUCAGGGGACUAUGAAAUCCUAUACUGGGUUCCUUCAGCUUGUAAGCAAGUAGUAAGUGUGGAAACCACUAGAGAUAUAGAAUGGGCUACUUACACGUGUACUCUAGGAUUUCAUGUUUUUGGUGUAUGGCCAGAAGGUUCAGAUGGCACAGAUAUAAAUGCCCUUUGUCGCUCACAUGAAAUAAAUUUAUUAUCAACUGGUGAUGACUUUGGCAAAGUACAUCUCUUUUCUUACCCAUGCUCACAAUUUAGGGCUCCAAGUCAUGUGUAUGGUGGACAUAGCAGUCAUGUAACCAAUGUAGAUUUUCUAUAUGAAGAUACUCAUCUCAUCUCCACCGGUGGAAAAGAUACUAGUAUUAUGCAAUGGCGAGUUAUUUAGGAGAAUUCUUGCAUGAAGCUAUAUGCAAACAAGAACU